AUGGGGAAGUUUGACAUCAUAUACUACGUGUAUGAUGAUUUACGCCAUGUGUUGUUGUCCUCCAUCCCUGCGCCACCGCCAGCUACCACCAGAGGGGGUUUCCCCAGCUCCCUUCUGACGCCCYACCCCGCGGGUGUGUCACCACGCACCUGCAGGUCAUCCGAUCAUCACCAGGAGCUUAAGAGGAGCCGCCUAACAACACUUCCUCGCCAGAGUGUUGACCUUCGCGGUUCCAUCAAGUCUGAGAGCCGGAUCGAGUCCAGGACCAACCAAGCCCGUCAGCUGGAUUCGGGUUUCCCCGGCGAGCACCAUCGAGUCGGUCUCUCUCUCCCUCAGCUCCCCGGACUGACAUCAUUCUGGCUCCUGCCCCCCAGCCCCGACGCUUCUGCCCAGCCUCCAGUUCAUAGUUUUCCCUUGAUCUUCAGUUUUCUCCUGAGUGUUUUGCUGCAUCUGAAGAGGGUAUCCCUCCAACAGCAGCAGCAGAGGACUCUGGAGAUCCUGCUCCUAGCUACUCCCAACCUCCAGCACCAGCUGCAGAGGACUCUGGAGAUCCUGCUACCAGCUACUCCCAACCUCUGGCUGCUGAGGACUCUGGGGAUCCUGCUACCAGCUCCUGGUAGCAGGAUCCCCAACCUCUGA